UUUUUUUUUUUUUUUUGGUGGUGAGAGAGUCGACAGAAAGUAUAGGGUGGAGAGCUGCUCCCAUACAAAUCAGCUGCCAAGUUACAAGAACUGAAUGUGCGUUUCAAAGCCAAAGCCAGACCCAUCCACUCCUCAAUCCAAAAUUGUUUGGCAGAUACCAAACACCCAGCUAACCAAAAGUCAAGUUGAUUCCAUCCCCACUCCUCCCCAAUCUACACCCAGUAUUCAAGUUUUAAUUUGAAAUGAAUCCAAUGAUUCCGGGUCCAUUCAACCCUACGGCGCCUCCGAAUUGGGCUCCAGUGCUGCCGCCGUUUCCACCACCAUCCAGUGCCUUCUGGAAAAGCAGUAACGUCCGUGAUUGCCUCAAAGAUUUGCAUGACACUGUUAAUCUAGCUAAAGCAUUGGGAAAGGAGUUAGAGAUGUUGAUUAUGAUGAAAAAUGAGGAAGAAUCUAGUGAGGGUGAUAGUUCAAUUGACAGGUUUCAUAAGUUGAUGGAGGAGAAUAGGUUUGAUUUAGAUUCUCAAGAAAUGAUAGCAUUGGAAGCUGCUAAUGCUUUAACAUCAAGAUUGAGAGUUCAGCUUGAACCAUUUAGAGUUGUAGCUGAUGUGAAAGCUCCGUGGGAGGAAAAAUCUGCUGCGGUAAAACUGUCAGAUAAAUUGCGCAAGUAUAAGAGGAAUAAGCGUUGGCGGAAAAGAAAGAGGAUGCAGGUUGCUGAGAACCUGGCAAAGGAGCGUGAGCAAUUUGACCGGAUUGACAAAGAAGCUGAUGAGUGGAGGGCUGGAGAGAUUGCAAAGGAAAUUGCUAAGCGUAAGGUAGAAAAGCUGAAGGAAAUUGCAAAACUUAAGGCAAAAGAGGAGAAGAAAACAUUAGAGUCUGAGCUUGAGCUGAUGCUGAUCGUGGAGAAGCUGCAAGAGUUGCGGUCCCUUAGGAUUCAAAAACUGAAAAAACAAGGUCAUUUUCUCCCCGAAGAGGAUGACAAGUUUCUUGAAAGAGUUAGAGCUGCUGUUGAGGAAGAGGAACGACAAGCUAUGGCUGCAGCAGAUACGGAAGCUGCAAAAGAUGCUAUUGCAACUGCCGAGGAAUCUAGAAUUCAAAAUCGUGGACCUGACUCGGAAAAACCAAGCAAAAACAACAAAACUGUAGACAUGAUGCUGGAAAGUGAAGAUAGAAGAGAUUCAACUGUAGUCACUGGCAAUGCCUCCAGACCAAGAGGAACAGAAGGACAAAGUUCGACUGUUGCAUAUGAUUCUAUGGCAAACUUGCCAAUGGAAUUUUAUCACUACUAUUACGGCAGCAAAACUGAUAUGGGCACCCUCAUUGAAGUUAGGAGAACAUGGGAUGCAUACAUCAGACCUGGUGGAAGCCGAAUACCAGGGCACUGGGUUCAGCCGCCUCCCCCAUCAGAUGAAACAUGGGCAUCCUACCUGGUGAAACCUAAAUGACAUUGAUCAGUUUCAAGCAGAAAUUAAAGCUUUGUCCAAUGAUUAUGCUGCAUUGCUGAGAGAUUUUUUUUCUCUCUCCUCUCUCUUUAUACAAUUUAUUCUUUACUCUUAAACCUUCUAUCUUGUACCCUCAGUGAAUCUUUCCCUUUCCCUUGCCCUUGACAACCCCACUCCCCAACUUCUUCACAGACUUGGGGGAAAAACUGGAAUUAAAAUGUUGAUUGGUGCAUAGUUAAGGGGUUUAUGGCAACCUCAUUUACAGUCAUGCUCUGCGAUUUUAAUGUCCAAUUGUUAGAAUGUUUAAGGAAGCAAAUUUUGUUCAAUUGUUGAAUCUUCUUGUUCUGAUAAUUGGCCAUUUUGGAUGGUAGGCUCUAUAUUAACAUGAGAGUCCUAUUGAGAAUUUGACUUUGUAUUGAAACUGAAGGUUCAAUUCAAGAAUUUUCCGAUGACCAUGCUGUAGUAUUUUCCUUAAUCUGAUUUAUUCAAAGUUCUGUUUCUUUUGCAAAACAGUUUGAUAAUUUACAAUUUCCUUGGCUUUGCUCUCUCUCUUGUUUUUCAGUUUCUUUAACUUUUUCUUUAGUCCUGGGUUCCCUGUGUUUGAAACUUUUUAAAUAUUCAUGCCCAUGUCAAGGGAAACUUUUAGGCUGCUUCCUACCCGAGCUAGAUGGCGCCUUUCUUAUUUGGAGUUAGUCACUGUUAUGUCAUUAAGUUAAUAUUGAUAUUCUGUGGUUAGAUACUUCACGGUCUUAAUAGGUUGAGGCUAUGGUGAUUGGCUUUUUCCAGUAUGGGUUUGUAAGUUAUGUUACCUUGUUUCCUAGUAUCAUGGUUUUGGAGGGUGGAUAUACACGCACUUUUCAGUUGGUUACAUCUAAAAGAUUUCAUUUGACAGGAUAGAAUUAUGAGGCUUAAUGAAGAUAUGGAAUACUGAAGCAAAAUCUCUGUGCAACAAUGCUGCUGUAAAUGCAUCUAGAAGCACAAAGGUGAGUGUUGAUAUCCAGAGGGAAUAUAUAGCAGGGAACAAUUGAAUGAGUACAAUUUUGGAAACCUGAAAACUUGUGAAAUUUAUGUAAGUGAUUUUUUUUUUAAUCUUUCUUGGUCAUAUGGGAACUGAGUGUUGCUAAUGGAAUUAGUACGACUUAUUGUCACCAUUAAUAACACGAAUGAUGUCAGUUCAUCCAGUUAUGGUGGCUGCCAGGGUACUGUUUGAAAUCCAGUAAUCCUUUUGGUUGACAGUAUUGCAGAGGUAGGUAUUAAGCAUUUAUAAUAAUUUUCAUGACAGAUUACCUGGAAUAUAUGAAUUUUUCCUUUAUUUUUUGAGCUGAUGCACGUGAAACUGUAACUGGUGGUCCUCCCAUGCCUACAAUGAUGGAGUUCAUAUUGUUUCAUUAUCUUUAGAAGUUGCAAACACCUUCUGUAUGUGUGUCUUCUUGUUAACUGUUAAUUAGUGGACAUGACUGCAUUGAAUCAGUAGACUCUUUGUGCCAGUUUCUUAUUUAUUCCUUUUUUUGUUAUAUACCUAUUAUCCUUGUUUUGUUUUAUGCUUAAAAAUGUUGUCAAGAGGAACUUCUUACCUGCCUUUUGUUGUGACUGAUGUUAUGUUCAACUGUUCGAGGAACUAGCAGUCACCAACCACCAAAGUAAGUCAUGGUGAAAAAUCAUGCAACUGGAAGCAUAUUGCAGAAUGGUCGUAUCCUAAACAAGAUGGACAAAAAAAUGGAAUUGGAUGCCCUGAUUAAGUAUUAGCCAUACCAUCUAAUUCACAGACGCAAUUUUACAACUUUGACAAUUUAUUGUUACUUGACUCUCCUUGCAAUUCUUUUUGGCUUGCUAAGAGGAAUAAUAAUUGAACCUGUCGUGAAUACGUACAGGAGCUGAGGUGUGGGGAAAGUUUGUCAACUUGCCAUCUAUUUGUCUGUAGAACUAAUUGUCCUUUCUUACAUUAUUCUAAUAUCACUGUUCAGAUAUUUAGCUUCCCAUUUCUGCCCUUCAUUAUCUGUUGGUAAUGAAUAAACUGGAUAAUAGAUGUAUACAUGCUUCUAGGAGCUCAACAUGCUUCUAGCGUUUGACAGCAUUUCUGUUGGAAUUAAAGCAUAAAAUUGAUACCAAGACUUGUAUUGAGGGCUGAAAAAAAACUCAAGUUGCAUUAAUCAACUCUCAUUUUAUAAAGAGUACAAGAGGAAACUCAACAUAAUUCUCUCAUAAAGAUUCUCAACAACAAUACUUGGAAUUCAAAACAACUUGAACUAGUCAAAAGACUGAAUUUUGGAACCAAUUCCGGCUAAUUUUACUUCUUGUAGAGCUUAAAAUUUGCAGUACAAUUGCAUUGCUCAACACUCCUCCUUGCUGCCUUUACUACUGAUUUUGAGCCAAACUCCAAAACUAGCAAUGACUUUGAUGCAUCCAAAUAAAAACAUCUUUGCAAUUUCAAAGUUGAAUUCCCUUACAAACAUAUGAAAUUGAAGUGUAACUUGCAGCACGCAAAAUGAUUAUUGUGAGAAAUGUGAAACAAUCUAUAUGUUACUUCUAUUGCAGAUUUUUAGCUCUAGAAUAAGUCAAGUUACUUGUUAAAAGUAAUUCCGGAUAUUUUGCUUUUGUUCAGUUUAAGUUUUUUAAGAAUUAUGUUGAGUUUGGUCUUGUACUCUGUACCGAAGGAGAGCUACUUAAUGAGAAACUUGAGCCUUUUUUCAGCUCAAUACAACUCUUGGUAUCAAUUUUAUGAUUUAAUUACAACAAUUUCAAGCAAGUCGUCAGUUAGAAGUAAAGGAAUUGCAGAUGGAACUGGACAGAGAAUGUAGCAAGUUGGAAAAUAUAAAACUAAGAUUAGAAGGUAUUGCCAGAUUUUGAGCAAAUAUGGCUAUGGUACUCUUACCAAUUUAUAUAUUUUUUGUUGUUGGAAUGUUCUUGCAUGCAAAUACUUCAUGUUGCUAAGCAACACAUUAGUAAAGUUAUUUAUGAAGGCUGAUGUGCUGCAAAGUUCUUUAGGAAGGCUUGUGCAGCUGUCUCUCUCUCUCUCUCUCUCUCUCUCUCUCUGAGACUAAGUAUUCUAUCUACUCAGAAGUCUCUCUCUCUCUCUGAGAAGAAAUCUUCUAUCUAAUCGGAAGUGCAAAGGAAAGUAAGACUGUACUUAGGUGACAAGCAACUCUUGGACCUGCAGUUUCAUUUUCCAUUUUCUAGUCUCUUUCUUCUGGAAGAUAGCAACAUCACUAAGGAUAUACUUGUUUUUUUAGUUUGUGAUAUUUAAUCUCUGUUUCUUU